AUGGCAACACACAAUGAUUUCACAGCAGCUAAGGGCCAUGCCCCAGCUGCUGUCUACCGCGGGAGCGUCCCUGAAGUCAAACCCGGAUGCCGAGCACUGCAAGGAGGAAGCAUCGAUUCCAACUUACAGCUUUGUGGCAGCACAUGGACUACAGCAGAAGAAGGUGAGGGCAGGAAGGGGGCCAUUUCUCCUCUGGGGGGCCAAGACGGCAAGAGUAGCCUGGAAAACCUCGACGCCGGGGCCAGAGGUGACCUCUCGCAGCUCCCCAGCCCAACCUUGAUGCAGGAUGGCAGAGAAAGGGAGGUGAGCAGCACCGUCACAGAGACCACUCGGAUCAAAGACAAACUGAAGAAGAGGAGGAUGUCCGAGGGCCUGUUAGUGUCACGCAGAGGCCUCUUGGACAGCAGUGACCCUGUGGGGCUUUUCUUGAAGCCAGCUGUGCCCAGGUCGGCUUCCCAGAGGCUCCUGGUAAAGUCCAAGCCGGUGCCACCCAUCCAACAACGUCCCCUGUCCCCUGAAACUGGUGAGGUGAGCAAUGGGGAUCCAAAGGGCUGGGAGGAUGGCACAAACGGCAGAGGCAGUGAUGAGAGCCAGGAGAGGCUGGUGUCGGAAGUAAAAGUUCGCCUCCAGCCCUGGUGUUGCAGCAAGCAGGAGAAGGAGGAGGCAGUGAGGAAGCUGCAAGCGGCGUCUGUGGUUCCCCCCAUCGCCAGGUCAGUGAGCGCGUGGGAUGGAGAUACCAGCAGCGUCGCGGGGCCUGCCCGGGGCUGUCCAGAGCCACCCUCACGAGAGCCCCUGGAGGCGAGGCCAAGAUUAGGCAGCAGAACUGAGGAGAAGACCUUUGAACCUCUGGAGCCCUGGACGCUGGAGCCAAUCCAUCCUGUUCCCUGCCACCGUGCCACUGAGGGUGCCAAGCCUGCCGGCCACUUGUCCGACUCUCUGUCGCCAUUCCCAGGCGUCUCCCUCAGCUGUGCCACAGGGAUGGACUAUCUCGGGAGCCCUGGCCUCCUAGGGGACAAUGACUGGAAGGAAAGGAACGGAAGGAUCCAUGUUACCAUAUCAAAGUCAGCUCAGGAGAAGAUGCGCCAGAAGCAAAUGAGAGAGAUGGAGCUUUUGUGUGUAGAGAGGGAGAAAGAGAGAGAAAAGGAGAAGUCCUUGCAGUUCCACGUGCAGAGCACUGACCCUGUGGGUGCUGAUGAAGAAGGCUUUGGGAUGCAAGUCAACGGGGUGGUGCCUGUUUCGGCUAGCAUGAGCAGCACGGGCAGGACCGGCGUUGGGAUGGCGCUGAGGAAGCGGGUCCCCCGGCCAUCGCUGCCCAGCAUCCCGGCCGCGAGCCAGGACGGCGGCGUCGCACGCCAUGCCUCAGCGAACUCACUGCCAGCCAUCAUCCUGGGCUGCCUGGAGUGGGGAGAGGAGCUUGACUGCGGGGACGUGGUGGUGGCGAGACCCUUCUGCCAGCCGGAGCAGGGGCUGGGCGAUGCUCUGAGCUGGCUCGGCAGCAGCGACUGGCAGCUGAAAGGAAAAGGGCUCUCCAACAUCAGACGCCUGGCUAUGUGCCACUCAGAAAUCCUUCUGUGCAGACUCCAUGACGUUUCCUUGGCAGUGACCAAAGAGGUAAACAACCUCCGCUCAAAGGUGUCUCGAUUUGCAAUUGGCACUCUUGGAGAACUCUUCAGGACCAUGAAGAAGCACAUGGACCAGGAGGUGGAGGAGGUUGCUCGGACCUUACUCCAGAAGGCGGGAGACUCCAGCGAAUUCAUUCAGAAAGCAGCAAAUCAGUCCCUCAGAAUCAUGGUGGGGAGCGUGACUCCUGCACGGGCAAUGGCUGCUCUCAUGUCCGGUGGGGUCAACCACCGAAAUGUCCUUGUCCGGAGGUGCGCCGCCGAGCACUUGCUGACCGUGAUGGAGCAGAUGGGAGCCGAGAAGCUGCUGUCGGGCUCCCGCGAGAACACCGAGCUGCUGGUGCAGGCGCUGGUGAAGCUCGCCCAGGACUGCAACCAGGACACGAGGUUUUAUGGACGGAAGAUGCUGAACAUAUUGAUGAAUCAUCCAAAAUUUGAUUGGUAUUUGAAACAGUCUCUCCCAUCACAUGACUUGAGAGAUGUUAUGGCAACAAUUAAGCAGAAAGGGACAGAAAAUCGCAUAUCCGAACCUCCAUCUACCAAAGGCCGAAAGGAGUCUAAGAAGAGCAGUUUGAUGACAUCCCAGGACACUUUGCCUUCUGACAAAGGGUCCAGCUCUGACAUCCUUGUCUUACCCCGUCAGACAGUCCGACGUACGUCGCUUCGCACAGUGGAAGAGAUUGAGCAGCUCAAGGAGCUUAACCAGCUCUUGACAGCCAAGGAGUUUCAGACAAGAAUGGAGGGUGUUGCACUCCUCUCAGAUUACUGCAAAAACAACCCCCAGCUCAUCUUGGCAAACAUUGUUCAGAUUUUUGAUGUUUUUGUCCUGAGACUUCAGGAUUCCAACAAGAAAGUGAACCAGCAAGCGCUUGAGUCCCUUGCUGCCAUGAUGCCCCUCCUUGGGCAGGGCUUGCACCCAGUGCUGGUCCCUGUGGUAGCAGCAGUCACUGACAACCUGAACUCCAAAAACGCAGGGAUUUAUGCAGCGGCUGGGAAGGUGCUGGAUGCCUCCAUUGCGCACCUGGAUAAUGUAUUGCUGCUGCAAGCACUUGCCAACCGAGUGCGUUUCCUCAGUGGCCGAGCCAUGCAGGAUGUCACCGACCGUCUGUCAGUGCUCGUGGCGUCCGUGUCACGGCGGAGGCGACCGGUGGUGGAGCGCUACGUCCUGCCUGUCCUGUGGCACCUGCUGGGCAGCACCAUGGGCAAUGGGUCACUGCCAGGCCGUGGCGGCAACGUGCGCAGCGCCGCGGCCCCCACGGCUUUGCCUGUACAUAGCGUAUCUGGAAGUAGGCUUUAA